AUGACCCCCCCCCUCCUCAACCUAUCUUCAAAGGAAGCAGGUCGUAGUUAUCUCAGUGAACUCCAUUCAAUUGACAUCAAAGCAUUGCUCACACUUUCUCUUUUUCUUCCUUUCUUUCUUUUCUCUUUUUUAUUGACCCUUCUUUCUUUCUCUCUUUCUUUCUUUCUUUCUUUCUUUCUUUUUCUUUCAUUAAUUCUUUUCUCUUUUUUUGUUUACCGUUCUUCCUUUCUUUCUUUCUUUCUUUCUUUCUUUCUUUUUUCUUUCUUUUCUUUUUUCAUUUACCGUUCUUUCUUUCUCUUUUCUCUUUCUUUCUUUCUUUUCUCUUUUCUGUUUACCUUUUUUCUUUGCUUCUUUUUCUUUCUUUCUUUAUUUCAUUUUACCGUCCUUUUUUCUUUCUUUCUUUCUCUCUCUCAUUUUCUUUAUAACUUUCUUUCUUUCUUUCUCUUUUUCUUUCUGUCUUUUUCUUUCUUUCAUUCUUUCUUUUCUCUUUUUUGUUUACCGUUCUUCCUUCCAUUCUUUCUCUUUCUUUCUUUUCUCUUUUUUGUUUACCUUUCUUUCUUUCUUUCUUUCUUUCUUUCUUUCUUUCUUUCUUUCUUUCUUUCUGUCUAUCUAACUUCCGUUCAUAUCUAUCUAUCUAUCUAUCUAAGUCCGUUCAUAUCUAUCUAUCUAUCUAUCUAUCUAUCUAUCUAUCUAAUUCUGUUCAUAUCUGUCUAUUCCAGUCUGUCCAUAUCUAUCUAUCUAUCUAUCUAUCUAUCUAUCUACCUAUCUGUGUUCAGAUUCAUUUGUAUUUGUCCAACAGCCACAUAG